UUAUGUAGUAUGCUCUUUAAUCUAAAUGAGGAGGUUCCGGAUCUAAUUGAGGGGAGCAAGGUAAAAUUGAGUCCUAAUGCAUUGGGUUUUAUAAAUAAGGCUCAAGUUUGAUAACAGAAACCCUAACACAUUACAUGCAUCUUUGUCUUCUUCUUCCUACAGCCACUUCUAAACUCACUGGUGUUUAGAAAUGGAGAAAUCCUUGAUUGCAGCUAAUGAAAAGGUUAGUAAUCACAUAUAUGAUGAUAUUGCUUUCUUUAUUUUGUCUAAACUUCCUCUCAAAUCUCUGAUUCGGUUUUCUUGUGCAAGCAAACCAUGGUCUCUUUUAUUCCAAAAUCCUUAUUUCAUGAACAUGUUUCGAACUAAUUUCUUAUCUAAGGAUCAUUCUCAUUACAAUGAUACAUCUCUUUUCCUACAAGUUAUUCCACUUUGGUUUGUGAAUCCCAAUUCCGCAGUUACACCUAGAUUGUAUUCUCUAUUUGGUGACAAGUUUGAGAAUAUGAUCGAAUUCGAAUUAGACUGGCCAGAUUCAUAUGAUAACAAAUAUUGUGAGUUUGGUAUUCAAGGUUCAGAUAGUGUUAAUGGCAUUCUUUGUAUUCGAGAUACAGGAUUUGGACCUGGGGCCGAGCCUAUUAUUGAGGAAUGGGGGAGAUAUGUAUUGUGGAAUCCAGCUACUGGGGAAUUCCAAAUCACUCCGAUUAGUCCUUUUGCAUUUGAGUCUCCUUUUCGGGCCAUGCAUCCCAUUAUUGAUUUUCAUGGAUUUGGCUAUGACCGAAUUAGUGAUGAUUGUAAGGUUAUCCAAAAUGUAAGGAGUUUUCCUAGAGCUAACGAAGAUGGACGUGAGGCAUGGGAAAUAUAUAGUUUAAAAAGUAAUUCGUGGAAAAAACUUGAUGUAGAUAUGCCUAUCCGUUAUCAGAAUACUUUCGGUGUUGAAGUGUACAUGGAUGGAGUGUGUCAUUGGUGGACUGAAAGUGAAAGUGAAACAUGUGAUGAAGUUUAUUUGGUGUCAUUCGACUUAAGCAAUGAGGUAUUUGUUAAAACAUCCAUACCCUCAAAUAUGGAUGAUGCUGGUAUUGACAUUGGUAAUGAUACUAGAAUCGUAUAUAGAUUCUUAAUGGUGUUAAAAGGAUCAAUUUGUUGGAUUUCAAAUUAUAAAGAGGAGGCACCUACUUUUCACAUAUCAGUUUUGGGUGAAGUUGGAGUGAAGGAGUCAUGGACAAAACUAUUCACGGUUGGUCCAUUGUCCUGCAUCGACUAUCCCAUUGGAAUUGGCAAGAAAGGCGAUAUAUUUUUCAAUAGAAGUGAUGAUGAAUUAGUUUGGUUUGAUUUAAACACUCAGAGUUUUGAAGAGCUUGGUGUUAAAGGUGACCAUACUUCCAAGAUAGUGCUUUACAAGGAAAGCCUUCUACCAUUUGCAAGAAUCAGUGAUUAGUUAUUUUUUUAGCCAAUUGAGGUAAGGGUAAGUGACUAUUAUUAUUAUGAUUUUAAAUAAAGUUCUGUUUUUCAGCUUUCUAUCUAUGUCUUGUAAUAUUACAGAUAUUUUUAUUUUUUGCAGUAUAUGUAUAUGACUAUGAUUUUAAAUAAAAGUUAUUGAUUUUCUGUUAUAGAUACAAAUGAUAUAUUUUCUUUUAUUCUGUAUGUUUUUGAAUCAUAUUAAGUUCACUUUAGAUGCAUCUUUAGACUGAUUCAGCUUCAUGGAUUUUCAUUCUCAAAUGUUUCUUAGUUGCCAUUUUACUAAUGUUCCGCAAUAUAGUUAUUUGUUUAAGUAGAAUAUUGAGUAGUGUGGAAUCAAGGGUUGGCUCCAACAAAAACAGAAUGAAAAUUAAUCUAUCAAGGAGUAGCAACUAUGCAGGUCUUUAUCUUGUGCCAUUGAAAUGGGGCUGGAGCUUGAUUGGAGAUCCAUGUGUGGCAAUAGUUCUAUCUUAAGGUAUAUUAGUGAUGACAGGGAUUGGCCUUUGAAAUGUUUAUGGCUAAAAAAAGUAAUAGAUUUUGUACUUCUGCUAAAUUUACAGUAGCCAGCCCUCUUUGUAGUUCUGCCAAAUUGCGAGUUUAUGGCUAAAAUUUGGAGUUUGUGUAAAAAGAAGACCACAACUGAGCAAAUAUAGAUAAAGAUCUAAAUGUCUACAGAAAUCUUUGUUUGCCAUUUUUAUGCUGAUCUAGUUUAUUCUCAUGUGAAAAUCACUCUUAAACAAAAUUCAUUCUCAUAAUACAAUAAAUUAAGAAUUCUUGUUUGUGAUGACUAAAUGACUCAGACUUGAGUCACUUAGUCGACUACAUUGGAUUCAGAAUGUAAUUCCCUUUAUCGUCCCAAAUUUUCUUUGUUAUCAAGUUAAAAGAUGAAAUAAACAGAGACUUGUGAAGCAAACCUAGCAAAAGAAUUGAAAGUUAUUCAAAAUACCUAUAAAACACCUGCACCAAUGUUCUUCAGAUGUAUAAAAUUUUCAGAAAAUCUCUAAAAAAAAACUCAAAAAAAGACGUAAUUGUGUUCGACAUGAACAAACACAACACUAAAUUAACAUGGCAGUAUCUUCACGGAGCUUCAUUCAUCAAGUGUGUGUUGGUGCCCUUACUAUCU